AGAGACUCUAUAUACUUCGGCUACAUUUAUGACAACUCAUGCAAACUUCUACAUGAAAACUUCACUCCCCUUCUGUGGCAGAAUGAAUGUGGCAAGUGAGCCCUUAACUGACUGCAAACAUGCAGUGGCCCUCUUGAGGGGGCUAAACCUGCAGCGAGAGUAUGGGCAGUUUUGCGACUGUGUCAUACAGUUACAUAUAAAUCCUGGAAGGUUGUUUUUAGCCCAUAAAAGUGUCCUGGCUGCAUCAAGCCCUGUGCUAGCUUCUCUCCUCACCAGUCAAGGUGCACUUUUGGAUUUGCAGUCCCCCUGUCUCUCUCCAGAGACAAUGGAAUAUUUGUUAGACUUUAUCUACACAGGAAAACUACCUCCAAAAAGCCAAGAGGACUCUGUACUGUCGGUUGCUGUUGACCUACAGAUGCAAGAACUCCAGUAUGCAUUGAUCUUCAGGAGAAGUACACUGUCUGAGUUUUUGAACAUCCAAGAUAAAUUGGACAGAAAGCGGCCAUAUCCUGAGGAGCAACAUGAAGAAGGAAACCUUAUGUCUCCCUCAUUCCCACACAGGUCAAAAAGGCCUUUAACAUCCUGUUCAAGCUGUGAAGCGGUACCUGUUAUUCGUCAUGCAAGUGCCUGCGGGAAGUUGUCACCGAUGCAAGAAUCAAGCACACCAAACUAUGACCUAGACAUUGCCUCAGACCAGCAUGGCAGGGAAUCUGACAGUAGACAAAGUGUGCACCUUCCUUCUUAUAGACAUAAACAGAUAAUAGAUCACAACUUUCAAAACAUGGACAAGAAUGACGAUAAUUCAUUUGAGCCAGUAUCCAAAAGAGCUAAGGUUGUUUCCCAUGUGCUUCCUCCAGAUGUACUCUGUCACCAAACUGAAACUCCCAAAGACUUUGAGGACGAACUUUUGGAAUCAGGGAGUGACGCGUUUGUGAAAACAAGCAUUACUGUGUCUCCAAAAACUGUUUGUGUGUCUGCACAAAUCAGGCAUGCUAGACACAAAGAGGAGGACUUGAGCCCACAUGCAAAGGCCAGCAGGGGCCUCAUCCUUAGCGAUGCUUCAAGGAACGAUGACCAUCAUGGCCAUCUACAUUUGAACAAUUCACAUUACGAGCACAUUGAUGAUGCUUCACACCGGUUCAGGCCUAUGGAAAACGACCCCAGCAAGUCGCAUGCCUCCCUAGAGUUCUCAGAUGUUUCAGCCAAUAUUCCUGUGGACAGCUCCGACAUCAGUGAGGCACAUGUUGAACCAGGUCAGCGCAACGUUUUGUGUCAUUUGCAGUCAGAGGAUGACCAACCGUAUGCAGUGCAUGUUGCAAUAAGCAGGGAGAAAUACCACCAGGGUGUUGACAUGCAGACCUGUAGGUCUUCUGAUUCCAAACCAUUGUUUGAUUUAGACAGGUGCAAUGCACAAGACCCAGGUGUUUCAAAUCACAGUAUUACUGCAGACUCUCAUGUAGUCCUCGAAUCAGCCCGAGAUGAUCGUAGUAGCACAUCUGAGACUUCCAGCAUUGAUCAGGAGGAGGACUAUGACCUGUUUGGCCCUCAGAUCUCUAGUAUGCACACCUACCUAGGACAGGUGAGGUAUCAUUGUAUCAGCAGAGAGCCUCGAUCAAGCGAUUCGGACGAGGAUGGACUGUAUGGAACGCCAGCGGACACUGCCAGCAGAAAACUGCCCGCGGACACUGCCAGCAGCACCGUGUCUGGCAUCCCUCUCUCCGAGGCCUCCGCCGGUGAGCCGUCCACGGGCACACUUGACCUGGGCAAGGCCCAGCCGAACCCCGGGCUGAACCUGGUGGCGCAGCCCUACCAGUGCACCAUGUGUGACCGGGCCUUCAGCCAGCGCGGUUCCCUGAACAGGCACAUGCGCUCCCACCUCGGCGUCCGGCCGUACUCUUGCCCGCAGUGCCCCAUGACUUUCUCGCGCCAGUACCGGGUCACGGAGCACAUGCGGGUCCACCAGCGUGGCUGUGAAGACCUCCAGCGGGCAGGGCCCACCUGAGCCCGACCCAAACUAGACCACGUGUGCCCACGUGUGCCCACGCAACGCGUAUCAUCUAGCUCAGCCAGCUCAACCAUGAGGUGGUAUUCGUCUAGGAUAAAUACAGGGAUGCCAGCCUUAAAGUAUUGUCUGGGUGUGGUAUAGGUAGAGUACCUGGCAUUGCUGUUUAUGAAAGUACAAAACACACACAUGGACUGGCUGUGCGAAAUUCCGGAGUCUCACAUCAAAAUUGGGGGUGUUGGCAACCCUGUCGAUAGGCAU